AUGGUGCUGAGGGAUUGCUAUUCUAAACUUGGGUCGGAAGUGGUUGAAGAGCGCAUCGAAGCAGCCACGUCGUUAAUCCAGGAUUUGAAAAACGAAGACAAUGCAAGCGAAUGGGACUAUGCCUUGACGCGACUCAUGAAGGGGUUGAUCACUACGCGACAAUCGGCCAAGAUUGGAUUCAGCAUGGCUUUGACUGAGGUUGUACACCAGCUCAUUAACGACGGCAAGUUGACCGUGGAGCAGUAUUUGACUAAAUUGGAAGACGUUACGCGAGUCAGGAGCCAGAUGAAAGGUAAAGAAGAACGAGCUGUUUUGUUUGGCAGGUUGUUUGGAUUGCAAGUCUUGCUCAGCACGGGGUGUAUAUUCCGCGCUUUGCACUAUUUGGCCAGGUUUGUCACGAUCUUGGUGGAGUUGGCAGGGACAAAGUCGUGGAUUCGCGAAGUGGCCUUUGCCACGCUUGUUCAAGUCAUCACGGAGGUGCCUGCGAAAUUCAAGGACGAGAUCUUGGUGCUGGUGCUCCAGAGUGUCAACGACUUGGGGUUGAACUUGUCGACCGAGGGACUUGCAGUAUACCUCAAUAUAGAUAGAACGCAACGAACUCAUCUAGCUGGCAAGAUCAAGAACCCCAAGACGAAUUGGAAAAACGGCGACCCUUUGCGGAAGGGGAACUUGCCCGUUUUGGCCAAGGUUUUGAAAGAUGCUGAAGUUGUUGACCCCGAAGCUGAGGAUACCAAGUCGCAAAAGGGGAGUUGGUCGCCGCGGCUCCCUUUUGUGUGGAACUUGAUUGUGAAAAAUUUCACGAGUGGCGACGAAUUCGAGGAAGAGGGAGAACUGCCGGUGCUGGUGCAGGAUUCCAAGAAGAGGAAGAAAAUGGCCAAGGUGCCCGACCACAUUUCAUUUAAGGACUUUUACACUGUUGUCGUGGACGAAUCUCUUUUUGCCGAAAAGUCAUCUCACGAACGCAAGUAUUGGGGGUUUAUGAUAUUCAUGCGAUUCUUGCCUGGACUAGGCCGCGAGGUGAAAUACCUCUUUACGCCGAAUUUCAUGAGAUGUUUGAUCAACCAAGCGUCACACAAGUCACGCAUCUUGCACGGGAUAGCGCGAGAAACGUUGGAUUUUAUCCCGCGGGUGUGCGUUGACGAGCCAGAGGUGUCAACGAUUGUGCUUAAACAGUUGCUCGACGAGUCGAAAGGUGGGUGUUGGAACUUUGACUUGAUUAGCAAGUCGCAUACCAUUGAUGGGAUCUUGUCCAAGCCAAAUGACGAGAUGAUUACUUUUAUACUUGAGAAAUUCGAUAAUGCAUUGAAAGCGCAGGAUGUAUCCGAAGGGUUCAAGAAUUCCAAUGAUAAUGUGCUCAAAUGGUGUCUCGAUAAGCUCAUGUAUAUGGUCAAGAAGAAGUCUGAUUUGGCGAAUUUGCAGUCGAUUUUCGAUUUGCUCAUCGAGCUUAGCUUAUUUGAAACCACGGCGUCGCCGCAAAUCCGCAAGUGUGCUCAGGAAAAAUUGAACAGCUUGCUUUCGGAAGUGAUGACGCAGACAUUUCAACACAAGCUGUGGUCUUUUUAUUGCUACCAGCAAAUACUCAGCUUGGAAAAGAGCCGCAAAUGUUUGGUGGAGUUUGAUGAUGAGUUGAUUCAAGUUAAGCAACAGACUAUUGCUAUGAUCAGCACCAUUGAAAGUCUUUGUCAAAAAAGGAAAAAGAAAACGGAAAAGGAAAUAGUAAAGUCGUCCGACUCGGACACUUUGGAAAUGUUUGAGCUUUUAUUCACGUUAUGCUUCAUCCAGCUCUACUCUGAAGACGAGGAGAUUGUCCAAAUUCUCAGUGAAUUAACCGUGGUUUUUGAAAAACAAUUUAGCGGAGCGGAUGAAGCUGAAGCGGAAACGGAAGAUGAAUCCAACCCCUCGGUGAUCAUGACGGAAAUCAUACUAAGUUUCAUCUCUAGGAAAAGCAAUUUGUUGAAAAAAUUGUCUUUGACUGUAUGGGAAAAGUUUCUUUGUGUGGAGACGGCAGAUGGACAGUUGAGGCUUGAUGAUGCGUGCUUCCAGCUCUUGCUCGAUGUUUUGGUCGCUAGGGAGAAUAAGGAGGGGCAACAGCUGCUAUUUGAAGGAGAUGGGGAGUUUGUUGAUGAGGAGGACGAUAGCGUUGACAGUGAAGCCGGCAACGAUGGAGAUGAAAAUGAAGAUGAGGAAAUGGAAGAAGAAAACGAAGAGGACGGAAGCGACGAAGCGGAAGAAGACGAGGAAGAAGAAGACGAGGAAGAAGAAGACGAGGAAGAAGAAGAGGAAAGCGACGAAGAAAUCGAAGAAAGUCACACGGAGGCCAACACAACGAUGACCGACUUGGAUCGCGAGACCAAUCUCAAACUAGCCAAGGCCUUGGGUAUACCGACGCGAGAAAGCGGUGAGGUGAAAUUUGACGAGCUAUCAGACUUGGAUUCAUCCAACGACGACUACGAAAGCGAUUCCAUGGACGACGAGCAGAUGAUGGCGAUGGAUGACCAACUUUCGAAAAUCUUUAAAGAGCGACAGGAUAUUUUGAAAAGCGUUACAACCGGGAACAAACGCAAGGCCGAAGUAAUGGAAGCCAAGGAAAACAUGAUUUUCUUCAAAAAUCGUGUACUCGACUUGUUGGAAGUAUUCACCCGGAUACACCCCGAUUCCUUUUACAAUUUGAAAUUCAUUGAGCCCGUGAUUACCUUGAUUAACUUGACAUUGGAUAAGAAUCUCGGUGUUAAAGCUCACAAGUAUUUAAAGACCAGAUUGAGCAAGACUAAACUCGACCCCAGUAAGAUUCGCGACGUUGAGACUGUAUCGCGGCUGUUGCUUGAAAUGAUUGAAAAAUUACAGGACCUGGCAAGCACUACAAAGUCGUCGAACCUAGCUGUGUUGGCUAGUUAUAACCAAGCAUGCAUCAUCCUUGCCAAGAACUUGGUGUUUUUGGACCUGAAGAAUUUGGAAGCCGUGGUUGACAUUUAUGCUAGUUCGUUGAAGAAAUGGGCCUUGAGCGACGACAGUCGGCUCCAGCCUUCGCUAUUCUUUGAUUUCGUUAAUUGGAUCAGAAGCAAGAAGAAGUAG